AUGAAGCACCAUUCCGAAUCCACCAAUGUCUCUCUCACGAGCGAUCCCCAGGAUGCCAUCGCUCGGGAAAAGCAGAUCGCUGGUCGAUCCAAAGACGCGGACGCAGCAAGUCUCGACCUUUUGAUACAAGAACUCGAGUUACAAGACGGGGGAGAAAAGGAGCCAGAUGUUCUAAGCAUCUAUACUGGAACCGAAACCUUCAAAGAUGAUGAUACUACAGCCCCAUGCCCAUUCGACACCGAUCCUGAGCACGGCCUGACAGAUGCCGAAGUGCUGGCCGCACGUCGCAAGCACGGCUGGAAUCGCAUGAAGGAGCAAAAAAAGCGGCACCUUCUCAAAUUUCUUGGCUUAUUUGUGGGACCCGUUCAGUUUGUCAUGGAGGUGGCAGCCAUCUUAGCCGCCGGACUUCAAGAUUGGAUCGACUUCGGUGUCAUCUUGGGUCUCCUGUUAUUGAACGCCUGUGUCGGAUUCAUCCAAGAAUAUCAUGCCGGGAACAUUGUCGAUAGCCUGAAAGAAACACUCGCUCUGAAAGCCACCGUCAUUCGAAAUGGACACAAGUUCGAGAUCAGGGCCGAGGAAGUCGUGCCCGGUGAUGUGAUAUUGGUUGAUGAUGGUACAAUUGUUGCCGGAGAUGGCUUUAUCGUUUCCCCCGCUGCCCAUUUGCAGAUAGACCAAUCCUCUAUCACCGGGGAAUCGCUUGCGGUGGACAAAACUACCGGAGAAAAGGUAUGGGCAUCUUCGGCAAUCAAGCGUGGAGAGGCUGCUUUGAUUGUUACCAGGACAGGGGACAAGACCUUCGUGGGAAAGGCGGCCGGCUUGGUGACCCAGGCCAAUGGCGUGGGACACUUCACUCUGGUUCUCAAUGGAAUCAGCAUGGUGCUUUUGAUUCUCGUCUGUCUAACCUUGUUCAUCGUCUGGGUCUCAGCAUACUAUCGGUCGGAUCCCAUUAUCGACAUUUUGGAAUAUACUCUAGCCAUCACCAUCGUCGGAGUGCCGGUUGGCCUCCCAGCAGUCGUCACGACCACUAUGGCUGUCGGCGCAUCCUAUUUAGCAAAGAAGUCGGCCAUUGUUCAGAAGCUCUCGGCCAUCGAGUCCUUAGCAGGUGUUCAGAUUUUAUGCUCCGACAAAACCGGUACUCUCACUCGCAAUCGACUGAAAUUGGGUGAUCCCUUCACAAGCCCCGGAAUCACCAGCGACGAGCUCAUGGUGACAGCUUGCCUCGCUGCCACCCGCAAAAAGACUGGUAUCGACGCCAUCGACCGCGUGUUCAUCAAGAGUUUAAGGAAAUACCCGCUUGCGAAGAAACUCCUACCGACAUUCCACGUGCUGGAAUUCCAUCCAUUUGAUCCUGUCGCAAAGAAGGUGACUGCAGUUGUUGAAUCUCAGGAGGGUGAAAAGAUGAUUUGUGUCAAAGGGGCCCCAAUCCAGGUUCUGCAAACAGUCAAAGAGAACCAUCCCAUUCCUGAAAAUGUCGAGUCUGCUUACCUCGCCAAAGUUGCGGAGUUUGCAACUCGUGGAUUUCGAGCACUCGGGGUUGCUCGCAAACGUGGAUCUGAGCCAUGGGAGAUUCUCGGCAUUAUGCCUUGUUAUGACCCCCCCUCGUCAUGA